AUGCCAUCUUUGAAGUUAAGCUUAUACAAUUACCUUGAGUUCACGAUAGUCAACGUCUUACCUUGUUUACAUUACUCGUCUAUAGGUAAUUACUAUUUAGUUGAUGCUGGUUACACAAAUGGUCCGGGGUUUCUCGCACCGUAUAGAGGCACUCGAUAUCAUGUAAGAGAGUGGGCCCAAGGAGCAUGUGCACCGCGCAAUUACCAAGAAUAUUUUAAUAGGGUUCAUUCUUCCGCAAGGAAUAUCAUUGAGCGAUGCUUUGGUUUGCUGAAAAAGAGGUGGUCCAUCUUAAGAAGCCUUAGCUUUUACCCUCUAAAGACACAAUCUCAGAUAAUUAUUGCAUGUUGUUUGUUGCAAAAUUUCAUUCGAAAGAGUAUGGAGAUGGAUCCGAAGGAGGAAGGUAGCAUAUUGGAUGAAUUUAUGCCUGAUGGAGACGAAGAACAAGAUGGAAUGAUUGACGUGGUUGAAAACACGAACGAGUGGACUCACUGGCGUGACAAUAUAGCAACUGAGAUGUAUGAAGAGUGGCCGUGCAAGUCAUAUGGAGUAGUUAGAGUAGUGUAA